GGCAGUGGCACGUCCAAAUUAUUUGGCGAAGUCACCUCGGCUUCCUGACGAAGGCCGUCUCAGCCGGCAAUCGCAUAUUUUGCGGCUUUCCAGGGAUUUACAUAUAUAGCAAUAUCUUCCAACGCACUGCUCCAAAAAGCUUUGUUUUGCGCCGUCUGUCGCGCAAUGGCGACCCGGGGCUGCGCCCUGCAGUGACGUUCUGCUAAACGCGCUGCGACAGUAUGGAAAGUCGACUGAUCGGUUUGCCAGACGAGCUGUUAGCUAAGGUCCUUCUCUCGGGGGGCGACUCACUGGCGAGCACGGCGCUGACGACCGUCUCGGUUUUCGCCAGCUGCUCCUCGUUGCGGCGCCUUGCACCACAAAUGUUGGCAGCGGUGGGCUUGGGCCAUGCAGCUGCUGGAAGCCCUGGGCACGCUGCGGUGACCAUGUUCGGGACCGGCCUUGGGCAGACGGCGUCGCUCAUGGCCGCCGCUGCAUCGGCUACAUGCAGCAGACAGCUAACCCUAGAUGACGUGCUUACGGGCGAGCGUCGACAGACGGUGGUUGCAUAUCUAUUCGAGGUCGCCAAUGCCUGGGAGCUGGACGGUGCCGUGGGCUUCCUGGCGGUCAGGCUCUUUGACAACUUCACAGCGGCUAUGCGCGUCCCGUCUCCCACUCUGCUGCAGCUAGUCGCGCUGGGCUGCCUGCGCCUGGCUGUCAAGUCCCUUUCGGCCGCCACCGCCGCCGCCCACGCCUCGACUUCUCGAUCAGAACAUCCCUUGGGCGGGUCCGCUACGACAACAGCCAUCGCCGCCGCCGCUCCUGCAGCCGCCCCUGCUGCUGCCGCGGACUGCUACUGCGACUGUGACCUCGAUUGCGAGGCUUCCACCGAAACCUGCACCGCAGAGAGCGAGGCCGCUGCGGGUGGCCUCUCCUCCGCCGUGCUCUGCCUCACUGACGCGGACGACGAUGCCGACGCCUCUGCGGCCGCCACUGGCAUGGUCUCCGACUCCGCCCCGGCGGCGGACCCGUCGUCGCAGGCGCCGCUGCCGCAGGCAUCGCUGCUGGAGCCUCAGCGCUACGCCGACUUGUCCGCCGGUGCUUACACGGCGGAGGACGUGGCGCGCAUGACGCAGGUGGUCGAGGGCUUCGUGCGGCAGACGCAGCUGGAAGACCAGGCGGAGGAGGAGGAGGCGGAGGCGCAGGCGCAGGCGGAAAAGGUGCAGGCGGAGGCGGAUGCGGUGGGAAUGGCGGAGGGAAUGGCGGUGGACAGCUACCAAGGUCCGGCGGAUGCGGAGCAGCCUUCGCAGCCCGCGCAGCCUGUGCGGCCGCCGCUGCGGCUGCGGACGGCGUGGUGGCUGCGCCGCGACCUGUGCAGCGCUCCCACCACCCGCCACUUCCUGCGGAGCCUGUUCGCCGCCGCUGCCGCGCCCGCCGCACCGCCGCCUGCCGCAAGCGCCGCCGCUAGUGCGGCCGAGCCCACUGCCGCCGCCGUCACCACCGCGCUGGUUCCGCCGGGCCUGCAGCAGCCGGUGCAGCUGCUGGCCAGCUUCCUGUCGGAGCUGGUGCUGCUGACGCCAGAGGGCGCCGUCGCGCCGCCGGCACACGUGGCGGCGGCGGCCAUGUCGCUCGCGCUGGAGGUCGCCGCCGGGCUGCCGGCCUGGCCGCCGGCCCUGCAGCGGGCGCUUCCGCUGCGACUGGAGCCGGCCAGGGGCGCCCGCAGCAACAGUUGUGGUUCAGGCGUGGUGGCGGCGGGUGCGGCUGGCGCCGGCCUGCUGGAGGACUUCAGCGCCGUGCGUGCGGCUGUGGCGGCGGCACAGGCGGCGCUGGCGGUGCCCGAGCUGCGCGCGGCCUGGUCGUGCCGCGUCGCCGCCGCCGCUUCCGGUGCUGCCGCUGCUGCUGGCGGGGAGCCUGCUGACGCGGUCACCACAGCGACAGGCGCCGUGACAGCUGCGCCGGUCAGUGCCGACGCCGUGGAGCCCCCGGCGGUUGCGCCGCUGUCGCCGGGUGCAGCUUCGGCGUGGGAUGUGGUGAUGGCCGCGGUGGCGUCGGCGGCGCCAUUGCUGUCAAGUAACUAGCGUCACUCAGGGUCGGGGCGCCAGGCGGGGUUGAUCCAAUCCGCGGCCAUUCCCGGACCUCUAAGGCCCCUGCACCGCACAGGCAAGAACAGCGUUACUGGCAGGCUAGAGGCUGUAAGGUAUUGCCAGCAGCAUUUUUGCGUGGCCAUGCGGCCGAGGCUGCAUGUGUGUGGGCACCACGCCAGUUUUUAUUUGUACGGUGGCCGUCCUUGUUCAAUCUUUUUCAUAGUUGUGGGCUUGGCGCACACACAUACAUAUACGCGUGCCAUUGCCCAAGACACCAAUGCUGCACGGUUCUAGCAGGGUCGCCAUUCAAUGCAUGUUAACGCAAUCUGCGUAUGGCUGAGAAAAUUGCAGGCUUGAGUGUACGUUCUGUUGGAUGGUCAUCUGCAACUUAGUCAGGCCAGGGCCGGGACCCUUCACGGGCCCGACACUAACCAGGCAGGCAGCAAGCAGGCAAACGGCUUGAGGCGGGCGUGCCAGAUCUGGUUCCGUCGUGAGUCCUGUCUUACUUAGCGGCCGGCUGCGUCUUACAAGUAGAUGGCGCUCAAGGAAACACACAAAGGGCUGAAAUGCAGUGGGGAGCGGGGCAGGUGGUGCGGUGGGGUCUGAAGGCACCUUGCCUGGAAUUGGCUGGCUACAGAACUCGGUAAUGGGCGAGAGAAAAGGGGAAGGCCUUGGCGGCAGAGAAGCAAGCAGACUAAAGCUAGUUGCAAGGGUCUGCACGUAUUGUACUCGUUUCGUCAUCGCCGACCUUUUAGCUCGUAGGCUGUGCGUACAAGUUGUGGCGUGCUGCAACGCUGUGUUGUGUGUGGGUGUGUGUGGGUGCGUGCGUGCGUGCGUGCGUGUUUACACAACAUAUGAACACGAAGAUAGGCCCUGUUGGUGGAGGAUGAAACCAAAGGUGAUGCAAAGCCAAUGCGAGUGAUGUGGCUCAGGGGAGAGGUUUGUCAGCCGUGAGCGCGGGAUGUGUAUGGGCGGAUUUCAGCUGGCCCGCCUGGAUUCAAUGGAGCUGCUUUCAUCGGUAUCGCAUUCUUUGCAAGAAAAAAACUGCUGGUUGGAUUUGGCACGGAGAGAGGGGAUGCUUCAGCAAGCAAGUCUAUUGGGCGCGCUAUUGCAGGGCGGCGGACAAUCCGAGUGCGUCGCAUCGGAUUCCGGGUACCUGCACACGAACCUGCAGCUAGCCAAAGCCUGGCAGGAGUAAUUAGUUGUUUAUAUGGCUGGUUUUGAUAGUUUGUGUGGGGUAUUCUUACACACCUUCUUUGCGCGAGAUAUUGCCGUAGGUUCAGUCCUGCAUUCACUCGCACUGGCUGCAGCAGUGCGGCCCGGUGACCUGUUUGCUUGUCCAAGGUCACGUGUAAGAAGCAGGGAAGGCGCCAACACUUGCACGACACGGGAUUAAUCGCGUGGACGCUUUCAACACAAAACUGGGAUUAUGUGCGGCUAAGGUAGCUGCAGCACGGCAUGAGCUGUCUCGUUGAAAGCUCCAUGGUAGUAGCUUCCCGUUUGGUUGUGGAUAAGGGAAGUUCAUACAUCGUGUCUGGUCACUGUCCUGGUGGGUAUUUUCAUCGUAGUUUAAGGUGCUGCAGUGUCGUAAUUGGCGCAUUGUCUUGUUUAGCUGAUGGCAAGAAUGCAGGUCCCGCGCAGGCAAUGGCAAGGACCCGGUGGUUCGUAGAUGGAUAAUCGGACUGGUGCAAUGGUAAGCUACUUACCCGGCAGCUGCAAAGGCUGGGAGGGCAGUUUCAUCGUAUAUGCGGGGGUUGUGAUGGUCGCCUGGAUGUCAACCAAAUCAUGCGUGACGUAUACGGUUUGAUUGGCGCCGCUACGCCUGUCGCCCGUGCCUUGCAAGGUGUCGGACAAGCUCAGAUUUUGUUGUUCUUGGUUUGGUUUUAGGUUUCAGGGGGCAAAAUCCUUUGUCGAUGCAGUACAAAACACCCGGUCGCCCAUGUAGCUGUAUGUGCGGGUACGGAACCGCUGGUAGCGUAGCAGGGUAGCAUGUAAGUGUAAGCCUUUUGGGCAGCUGGAGAAUACACGCAUGGUAGAGCAUUGCCGGAAUCAUGCAACAGCAGUAGGGUUGCGCAAUCUUACUCGGCGGGAGAAUGGAUUGCAGGGAGCUUAGAGACAUCUCUUGGUUGAUGAGUUAGGAGAAUGCCCAUGUGAAGGGAGGAGCAGUAGGUAGGGCGCUAAGUUUCUAAACCGUUGACGGGUAGGUGUAGCAGGCACGCCGGAUGCGUGGCAUUUGAGUUUGCAGUCACCGUACAUAUGUGGCGUGGGUGCUGCGCACACAUGCUAUGAUUGCACGUGCUCAUGCAAUGCGCGCGCUUACGGAAGUGUGGCAUUAUCAGGCCAGUACACGUGCUGGAAGGAGAGCAUUAGAUAGGGAGGAAUUUCUAGAAGCGCAUGUGACUACUGCGCGCCGCACCCCCCAAAAUUUUCUUGUUGAACUAAUCGUGCGACUAGCCAACCGCCUAUCUUGGGGAGUAACGGGGCUGCCCUAGGAUCGUCUGAUGUCGCUGGGGGCACACGAGGGACGUUUGAGGACGUGCCCUGGUGCUGUGCCGGCUGGUUCCCCUGGAGAGACAGAGGGGGCAGCGUAGUGUCUAAGUGGUUUGCUGGUGAAGUCUGCCGGUGCGCAUCCCGCGGUCUUUAAGCAGUUUCCCUCC